AUGUCGUUGGAAAAGAAAAUCAUCAACUUCCUUAAGGGCCCCAAAAAGGGUGAAACCUACGAGUUGAAGAGUGGAUUGGUCUCCCAGUACAAAUUUGAGCGGAAAGAUGCAAUCCAGAGAGUGAUUCAGGCCAUGACCGUGGGCAAAGACGUCUCGGCAUUAUUCCCAGAUGUCUUGAAGAACAUCGCCACCUACGACUUGGAGCAGAAGAAGUUGGUGUACUUGUACUUGAUGAACUACGCCAAGCUGCACCCUGAGUUGUGUAUUUUGGCGGUGAACACUUUCGUUCAAGAUACAGAAGAUCCCAAUCCAUUGGUGAGAGCAUUAGCAAUCAGAACCAUGGGAUGUAUUCGUGUCGACAAAAUGGUGGAUUAUAUGGAAAUCCCACUCAGACGCACAUUGCUGGACGACAAUCCGUACGUGAGAAAGACGGCUGCUAUCUGUGUGGCCAAGUUGUUUGACUUGAAUCCAGAAAUGUGUAUUGAGUUUGGAUUUUUGGACGAGGUUAAGAAAUUGAUCACCGACUCCAACCCGAUGGUGGUCGCUAAUGCAUUGAAUGCAUUAUUUGAGAUCAGAGACAUGAACAGGGAUCCCAGCUUGGAGGUUUUAGUCGUGGAUAAGGAAAUGGUGAAGGUGUUUUUGGCGUGCUUGAACGAAUGUACCGAAUGGGGCAGAAUCACCAUCUUGACUUGUUUGGCUGACUACACCGCCGCAGACACUGAUGAGACGUUGCACAUUAUCGAGAGAUGCAUUCCACAACUACAGCACGUGAACCCUUCGGUGGUUUUGCUGUCCAUCAAGGUGGUGAUUCACCACUUGGACGGUUUGGCCAACCAGGCGCAGCGUACUACUUUUUUGAAAAAGUUGUCUGCCCCAAUGGUUUCGCUUGUCUCUUCUUCGAUCCCAGAGGCCCAAUAUGUUGGCUUAAAGAAUAUCAGAAUCAUUUUGGAAAAGUAUCCUCAAGUUUUGCUGAAGGAGCUUCGUGUUUUCUUCAUUAAGUACUCAGAUCCAUUGUACUUGAAGCUUGAAAAGCUCGAGAUUGUCAUUCGGUUGGCCUCAGAGGCAAAUAGCGCCUUGCUUUUGGGUGAGUUGAAAGAGUAUGCCAUGGAGGUGGAACCUAUGCUUGUCACUAAGUCUAUUAAUGCUAUUGGUGCUGUAGCUAUCAAGUUGGCGUCUUCAGUCAUUCAUGCUGUGAACCUUUUGAUCUCGCUUAUUGACCAGAGAGGCGGUGAUUUGGUUAUUAAUGAGUGUGUUAGUGUAUUGACUCAGAUUCUCAGAAGAUACCCCGGAAAGAAUGACUUGAUCACUCUUAUUGUGCCUGUCAUCUCCAACCAAAUCGAUGAACUCACAGAAACUAAUGCCUUGUCGGGAUACGUAUUUUUGUUGGGUGAGUAUCCAAAGUACUUUUCUCUGUUGAAAGAUAAGUUGCAGGUCCUUGUUGAGAACUUCCUUGACUACGACUCCUUGUUGCAACUUAAUAUUUUAACUGCAGUGGUGAAGAUCAAUUUAGCUUUGCCAAACGCAGGCUGUUCUCUGUUCUUACAGACCGUAUUGGAGAAGGCAACGGUAGAAUGCGAAAAUGCUGAUGUCAGAGACAAGGCGUACAUCUACUGGCGUUUGUUAUCUUCAUCAUCCACGGAGGCACAACAGAGCAUUAUUGCUUCACACCUCCCUCCUAUCAAAACUAUAAUUUCUUCGUUCAAUCCUGUUCUUUUGGAUGCGUUGAUCAACGAGUUGGCCACUUUGUCGUCUGUUUACCACAAGCCGGCCUCUACGUUCAUUGAUCCUGAUGCCUACUCACACAUUGAAGCAAGGACCUCAUCAAGAAGAGCAUCUACCAAAUCCAAUCUUAAGGAUUUGACCAAUUUGGCAAAGCAGGAGAUAAUCAACAAUUCUCGUAACGAGAACCUUCUCAACUUUGAUGACGAUGAUGAACAAGUUGAUCUCACCAAGUCCUCUGGUUCGGCUUCCAUUUUGGAUGAGUUAAACGAUCUCUUCUCAGUGCAGCCUGUGCCCAUUGAGCAGAGCCAGCAAGGACCAGCCGUGCAAUCUUCUACAAAUGAUAUCUUGAAUUUAUUUGACAGCGCUUCAACACUGGCGCCCAAUGUGAACCAAAUGUCGAGUGAAUUUUCCAAUAUGAAUGUUGGCCAGAAAAACAAGAGCUCACAAACAAGUACCAACAUCAAUGACGAUCUUCUAGACCUAUUCUAA